AUGCUGGGGCAGCUCGUCGCUUACGAAGCAGAGCAUGGCUGGCACGGCGCGUACAUGCCAGCAAUGGUAGAGGCGCCAGUCUCGUCGUCGGCUCCGCCGUUGGAGCUGUUGACAGGCGCGGACAGAGUAGCGUACGAGUGGACUGGCACAGUGCUGCUUCUGUCUGUUCUCUUUCACGACGUUGUCUACGAUCCAACUCGCGGCGACAACGAGGAGGCAAGUGCGGCGGUCGCCGCAGAGUUCCUCCAGGAAAUGCAGCGUGAGAGCGAUGUCGCCAGCAGCUCUUCAUCGGCAGCAGCAGCGGCGGUGCGUGCUGCUGCACCGACCAGCGUGGCUGGCGCGUCUGCUCUGCCUUCCGCGAGUGGCGCCACGUGCACUGAGGAUGAUGCGAGUCCGCAGCACCCUCCCCCCUACUCCUCUGCCCCGCCGCUUCUCUGGGCCGACGCACAGGCGAUUGAGUUUGUACGCAACUCUACGACAACGUACAUACUGAAGACGAAGGAGCACCUCGCGGUUGAGCCGAAGCAGCCGCUGCACCUGCCAGCCUCUCCUGCAGAGGCUUCCACGUCAGCAGAGCGGGGGGUAGCGAGUGCUGUCGUGCAGCAGAGCCGCGACGACCCGCUGCAUGUGUUUCUGGAUCUGGACCUCGCUAUUCUCGGACACCCGGACGCCGACACGUAUCGCCACCGCUACGCCGACAACAUCCAGCGCGAGUACAGCCACUAUUCCCGCGCCGACUUCUUGAAGGGACGUGCUGGCUUCCUGAGCGGCUUUGCGCAGCACCCGCAGUGGUACAAGACACCGUACUUCUUCUACCGACUUGAGGCGCACGCUCGACACAAUGCAGCGCAGGAGGUGAAGGCGUUGACCGCCGAACUGGCAGAUAUGCAGGUGGCAUCCUGA